GUCGUCACCGUCGCCGUCGCCGUCGUUCUCGUUAUCACCGUCGCUGUUGCCAUUGUUGUUGUUGUUAUUGUCCCCGUUAUCAUCGUCACUUCCAUUGCUGUCGCCGCAGCCAAGGGCCCACGUGGCCUACUAAGAUGACCGCUCGUCUUCACUCGUUGAGGCAUCAGGAGAAGAAAUCGGCCGGCAAUAGUCACAGACAACACCACCACCACCAUCACCAACAGUCACAGCAUCAACAGAGCGCGCAUCAGGGACCCAGCCCGACCGCUAGUCCCAGUCCUAGUCUCAGCCCGAGCCCUAAACACUCGGACGGUCGUCGAGCUAACAAACCACUAAUGGAAAAGCGACGGCGAGCGAGGAUCAAUCAGUCGCUGGCGGCGCUGAAGGCGCUUAUCCUUGACAGCGCCCGGCUGGAGAACACGAAGCAUAGCAAGCUUGAGAAAGCUGACAUAUUAGAAUUAACAGUUCGGCAUUUACAAAGGCAGAGAUCUCUUGCUCAGCCUGGCUUAUCGAGGUAUAAAGCUGGCUACCAAGAUUGCUCCAGAGAGGUAAGUCGAUACCUCGAUGCCCCGGACAUAAUCACCGGGAACACGACGCCGAUGGACCCAGCGGUGAAACAAAGGUUAUUGCGACACUUGGACAGUUGCGUGUCAGAAUUGGACCUGGAUCUGGGUUCGAGGCCGGAUAGCGGAUUAGGCAGCAGUCCCGGAAGCGUGACGGAUCGAGUGACGGGCGCGGGUAGUCCCGGUCCGUUGGAGCACCACGUGCCGCCGACCGCGCACUGCAGUACAGCUCUGAAUCCGGCCGGCUUGAUAAAAGCGGAGAUUCCGGACAUCGAGCCGGCCAGGCCGGACAGUAGUACUACUGCCGGCGACGAAAAUAACAAUAACAGCAGCAGCAGUAGCGGCGGCAACAGUCGGCCGACGUCUGCCUUCGGUCAGCUAAAUCCCGGUACCCUCGAUUCUCACCAUCAUCCGCCCCCGCCUCCGCCGCCGCCUGGUAUACCGGUGAUCGAUCAGACAGCCUCCGGUUCGCAGCAAAAUCCGAACAUGCUGUCGGUCGUCCAAGUGAUACCGUCGAGGCUGCCCGACGGCCAGGUCGUUUUCCUUCUCCCUAGUCAUUACGUUCAAUUGGCAGCCGCCGCCGCCGCGAACGGCAUCAGCAUCGGUCCCAACCCGCCCACGGCGAUUUGGGCCGCGACCAACAUGUCGCUGCUAAAGGCGACCGACAAGCUCGCGAAACGUCCCCACGAGGAGAUGCAGGAGUGGCAGGACGCCGCCUCUGUUGCCGCUAACGCUGCUGUUGCCGCCGCCGCCGCAGCCGCCGCCACGUCCGCCAACGCUUCCGUCUCCGCUUCCGUUUCCGCAUCUGCCCCCGCGUCUACCUUCGCCGCGAACCCCACGUCCGGUCCAAAGCCUAGCAAAAGUCCAAGGCUCGAGCCUCCCGAGCAGCCGCUCGACUUCACCACCACGUCGAAGAAACUGAAAACGAGCAACAGAACCGCUCUGCCCGUCAACGGGAUCGAGCACAACCUCCAGCAGCAGCAGCACCAGCAGCAAUACGCGACUCGUUUGCCCCAGGACCAAGCGAUCGCGCACGACGACAGGCCUUCCAGUCACGCGAGCGGAGAUUUCGUUACGGGGAUACGCUCGCCGUCGCCGCUGCCCCAGCAACCCGUCAGGGACGAGGAGGGAAUGUGGAGACCUUGGUAAACCCUCGAACGCGACCAACGAUUCCUUCCCCCGUGUAUCGGUGAAUUAGGUCACCCAGCGUCACGGCAGGACGGCGCGUCUGUUUGCGAGUGUCGUUAUCGGACGAUACGGUAGGACAUGUCCGAGCGUGCCACCGAUAAGACGACGCUUGUCGGGUCACCUCGAUGUAUCGGUAAUCGACGGACUAUUCGCAUCCGCGCGACCGUCCAGAGUGAAACGUGUCCGCGUCGAGGAAAAGGAUGUGUCACGCGUUAUCGUCGUCGAUAACCGCGAGCAGGAGUCCAUCCGACGACGAUGGUCCUCCUCUCGCCGUGGACGGACACCUCGAUCGUGUGCUGUGCAUCGUUAACCCAAGAGUAACUCGCAAACCCCGAGCAAUCUUUAACUUUCGCAACGAUUGCUCCAAGAAGCAAGCCGGGUAAGUGUCCCGAAACUGUUUAGAUUUGCUGCUCUAAACCGGUCUUCAGGCCUUUGGUGUCACCCAGAGACUCGAAGGAGACUUCCGGCUGGAUAGAAGAAGAGGGAAGAGCAGCAAACAUUGAAAAAUCGUUCGACGUCUUAGAGAUGAGUGUAUCGUUAUCUCUAGGGCCGGAUUAAGACGCGGGCUAUAGGAAUUAACACGUUGGCUGCCGAAACUCGUGACAAUGUCUAUAAAGUUGAUAUUUUGUCGCGAGACUAUCGAAGAUUCGAUAAUUUAACAUUUGUCGCAGUAAUUCAUUUUUUAACGUCGCCAAGUACACGAAACUUGUCCAGAUUUAUUUUUUGUUAUUCUCACAUCUUUGGGAUGAAACUUUUUAGUUCCUUAAUGGAAAGACCUGUCGUUCAUUUCUGGGUGACGUGGCGACCAACGUGUUAAAGGCCUCCCAAGGGCCUCGAGCGAUUCGAGGGCCACCAAAGUGUAACACGUUACGCAUUGUAAUAUUUAUUGUUUGAUAGGUGGACUCUAGGUCGAUUAGAUCUACAGUAAAAUUAUUUUCAGAUGCGUUCCCGAAAUGAGUUUUUGUAUUUCAUUUUCGUAUUACGUUUGUAAUAUUACGGUUUCGUAAUAAUUAACGCUUUACCGACCUAUUCAAUAUUAUUUUUGAUUUUAAUAAAAUCUGAUUAUUGUGUUUCAUAAUUCAUACCGUGUUAGGAAUAUACCAGUCGGUAAAGUGUCAACAUCGCAAUGUAAUAGUUCACGCUACUACAGAUUUCCUGGAUUCGCAUGGCAGUCUGACAUAUUGUCUCAACCUUUCUUCGGUCCUCCUUUGGCUCACACCAAAAAAGAAUAUUCAGAAAAGACAUACAAGACAAAGGAAAUACAGUCAGUCCCAUAUGUAUUCGUACCCUCUAUGGCUAUCGAAGAAAUUUGUUUAAAUUGAAUGGUAGGUUUGAUGUUUCCAAGUGUAUGUUUAUAUAAAUAUAUAUACAUGUAUAAGCUCGUUCAUAUACAUAUUUAUAAUGAAACGUUCGUUCGAUAAUAUCAAAAUUAGUAUCUAAUUUAAUCAAACUUCUUCAAUAGAGGGUACGAAUAUUUUUGGUAUUGACUGUACGUACCAUCCAAAUUAGUUCCUGCACCGUUUCGUUCUACCGUAACCCCGAGUAAAUAAUUAAAAAUAAAUUGCGCAAUUUUAUAAAACAGCAGAUUCAGGAAGUUCAAACUACCUUAAGAAAAAUAAAUACCAGAAAUAAAAUAAAAGAUUUCCUUCAGAAAAUAUUUUCGUCCAAAAGUGCAGGUUGAUCGUUCUGUAACUUUGUUUCUCCAUCCGAGAAUAUCGUGGUUGCACGCGGUACCCGUAGCUUGGGGGCCUGGACACUCUUAAUUCGGCCCUGGUUACCUGUUCGAAACGUUGAAAGAUAACGAUCUCGCGUACAUGUAUAUGAGAAAGCAUCUAGCACGUUUUAGAAUGCGGGCAACCAGUGGUGCCGCGCAUAGUACUACUUUAUUCCGCCGUCGUGUACAUAGCCCCGUUCGGAAUUAUAAGCGAUGCCGAGUAUAGAUUUAUUUUGAUGUUAACUAGGUGUAUACGCGUACAAAAUAGCGUAGAAGGUAUGAAAGGUAGCGCGAACGAAUCUGUAGCGAAUGUGUUUUGCAAUGAGCGACGUUUCAGGUUUUAGGUGAAUCACGGUUCUGACCCAACCGAAUCCGCGUAAUUGCUAUGUUGAGACUCGAAUUCAUUAUUCAAUGUACUUAGACAUCGGUCAAUAUAAACGUAUGUACAUACUAACUCGUGA